CAAGGCUCCUUCCACCCCAGGCUCCUUCCACCAAUGAGCGCUGCCCUGCCUGUUGAUUCACAGUACUGUUACUUCUAAUGAAUUCAGUUGAGAUGUUUGCAGCCAGAUUCCAGGCGAUGCAGCUUAGUACAUCAGCGUGUAUGUAACUCGACGUAGAGAGCAGUGUGUGCAGGCCAUGUCAAUGUGAAGGCUUACAGCGAUACUUUUAUUACAAAGUUGCCUUGAAGAACUCCUAACCCACCAGUCACAUCCUGUGGGUAAGUGAGAGGAAAGUCCAUACAGUGAUUAUAGUGACUGGGGAAUUUGCAAAGGAUACAAUGCACACAUAUAACUGGACUAUCUAUAUGCUCUUAAAUAAUACACUGUAUUCAUAUAUCUGACUUAAAUUCUAUAAUGUGCGAAAUGUUACACUGUAUUCAUAUAUCUGAAUUAAAUUCUAUAAUGUGCUAAAUGUUACGCUGGAUUCAUAUAUCUGAAUUAAAUUCUAUGAUGUCCUAAAUGUUACGCUGGAUUCAUAUAUCUGAAUUAAAUUCUAUGAUGUCCUAAAUGUUACACUGUAUUCAGAUAGUUGAAUAUAGCUGUUUGCAUGGUCUAAUGUACUAUGUACUGAAAUAUUACUGUAUAAAAGUUACAUUGUAAAAUUGUAAAAGGUUAUAUUACAUACACAUAGCUCAAUUAAAUUAUAUACAGUAUGAAUGUUAUAUUAUAUACACAUAGCUCAAUUAAACUAUAUACUGUAUAAAGGUUAUAUUAUAUACACAUAGCUCAAUUAAACUAUAUACUGUAUGAAGGUUAUAUUAUAUACACAUAGCUCAAUUAAACUAUAUACUGUAUGAAGGUUAUAUUAUAUACACAUAGCUCAAUUAAACUAUAUACUGUAUAAAGGUUAUAUUAUAUACACAUAGCUCAAUUAAACUAUAUACUGUAUAAAGGUUAUAUUAUAUACACAUAGCUCAAUUAAACUAUAUACUGUAUAAAGGUUAUAUUAUAUACACAUAGCUCAAUUAAACUAUAUACUGUAUAAAAGUUAUAUUAUAUACAUAUAGUUAAAUCAAACUAUAUACUGUAUCAAGGUUAUAUUAUAUACAUAGAGCUCAAUUAAACUAUAUACACUGUAUACAUAUAACUAUAUACUCAGACAUAGACAGACAGACAAGCAGGAAUGCACACAGGACAUUCAGUACCAAUCACAUAUUAUGAUAGUCAUGAAGGGGUUAAUGCAGUGUGUGCAUAUAUUUCUGUAUGAUUAUACUAUAAUGUGGUUGUGAAACCUAUGAUUAAUUGACCCUUUGAGUGCCUGAAUGUAUCCAGGUCAGUUAUUGUCACUGGGGGGAUUAUUGUAGUGCUCUCUGCGUGUUGAAGUUUUGUGAGCUGUAUGUGUUACAUGUUGUGUGUGAGAUGUGUUGUGUACAUGUGGUGGUAAUCUGUGAGCCACAUUCUGUGUCUGGGAAAGGUGUGUCUAAACUGUACACAGUUCAUUGAUAUUGGAAUCAGGACAUUAACGCCUGUGAGCUUUGUCACGUACUUAAUGCAGACUAGCGAAAUGGUCAGGAACUGCUCUCUAUAUUACUCAUCUGUCUGAUAUACCCAGCACGUUAAUAUACUGAGCUAUACUGUAACUGUCCAGUAGAACGUGCAUGCAUGGUAAUAUACUAUGUACUUAAAUAUACUAAGCAACGGUUGAACUAUCCAGUCGGAUAUACCCGGUGUGUGCAUGGUAAUUUACUAAGCUAUGCUGAAACUGUCCAGAUAUACCGUGUCUGCAUGUAAAUAUACUAAGCUAUACUGAAACUGACCAGAUAUACCCUUUGUAUGCAUGGAAAUAUACUAAGCUAUACUGAAACUGACCAGGUAUACCUUGUGUCUGCAUGUAAAUAUUCUAAGCUAUACUCUAACUGUCCAGAUAUACCCUGUGCCUUCAUGGAAAUAUUCUAAGCUAUACUGUAACUGUCCAGGUAUACCCUGUCUCUGCAUGGAAAUAUACUAAGCGAUACUGUAACUGUCCAGGUAUACCCUGUAUCUGCAUGUAAAUAUACUAAGCUAUACUGAAACUGACCAGGUAUACCCUGUGUCUGCAUGGAAAUAUACUAAGCGAUACUGUAACUGUCCAGGUAUACCCUGUAUCUGCAUGUCAAUAUACUAAGCUAUACUGAAACUGACCAGGUAUACCCUGUGUCUGCAUGGAAAUAUUCUAAGCUAUACUGUAACUGUCCAGAUAUACCCUGUCUCUGCAUGUAAAUAUACUAAGCUAUACUGAAACUGACCAGGUAUACCCUGUGUCUGCGAUACUGUAACUGUCCAGGUAUACCCUGUAUCUGCAUGUAAAUAUACUAAGCUAUACUGAAACUGACCAGGUAUACCCUGUGUCUGCAUGGAAAUAUACUAAGCGAUACUGUAACUGUCCAGGUAUACCCUGUAUCUGCAUGUCAAUAUACUAAGCUAUACUGAAACUGACCAGGUAUACCCUGUGUCUGCAUGGAAAUAUUCUAAGCUAUACUGUAACUGUCCAGAUAUACCCUGUCUCUGCAUGUAAAUAUACUAAGCUAUACUGAAACUGACCAGGUAUACCCUGUGUCUGCGAUACUGUAACUGUCCAGGUAUACCCUGUAUCUGCAUGUAAAUAUACUAAGCUAUACUGAAACUGACCAGGUAUACCCUGUGUCUGCAUGGAAAUAUACUAAGCUAUACUGAAACUGUCCAGAUAUACCCUGUGUCUGCAUUGUCUAAUAUACUUAUAUACCAUGUUUCUGUGUCUGUCUAUGUACGUAAAUAUACUGAGCUAACCUGUAACUAUCCAGAUUUACCCCAUGUCUGCAUGAUCUAAUAUACUCUGUACUGAAAUAUACUGAGCUACUUUGUAUCUGCUUGAUCUAAUAUACUCUGUGAUUAAAUAUACUGAGUUACAAUGUAACAGUUUAGCCAGAUAUUCCCUGUGUCUGCAUUGUCUAAUAUACUCUGUGCUUAAAUAUACUGAGCUAACAUGUAACUGUUUAUUCAGUAAUACUCUGUACAUAUAUGAUCUAAUAUACCAUGUUCUUAAAUAUACUGAGUUAACUUACAAUAUAACUGUUCAGCCAGAUAUACCCUGUGUCUGCAUGGUAAAAUAUACACCGUACAUAAAUAUGCUGAUCUCCCCUGUAACUGUUUGUCCAGAUAUAUAAGGUGCGUGUGGCUAAUAAACUGUUGUCUUAUGGUCUGACUGACCACAGUAGGGGUGGCAUUUUGAUUACUCAAGUUUUUAGAAUUAUUUUGAAAUUGGAAGGGUGAAACAUCAUGUAUUUAUACUUUAUUAAUCUGCAAUUCUUUGUUCUCUAUUAUGGUCUGAUAUAUACUCUGCCAGCGAUUUCUCAUUUUAUAGUAAUUGAUUCGCUUGUGUAAUUAGUUUAGAAUAAUUUGUUAUACUGAAACACAUUUUACAUGCCAGCUUACCUCCAACAGCAAACAUCUCUGGUUUAACCACAAACUUUUUCCUGGGGCAUCAAAAAUGUACCCGUUUCCAGACCUGUGAGCAAUGCAUUGGGCACUUUCUGGGUAAAUGCAGAACUUUCACUUUAAUGGUGACACUUCCAUAGUCCCUUGUCAUAGUAAAUGCUACUAAAGUGCUUACUAGGCCGAGUAGAGUGGCAGAGGUAAGUACACAACACACUUACCUCUUCAGCACUUCCAUGUCCAGGUAAUGUCAUGUGCCAGUAAGACUCUUGGCAGGACACAGUCAAAUCUUAAUUCAAUCUAAAAAUCUUUUAAGAGAUCUAUGUCAAUAUACCUCAGCACAGAAUACAUCUGUCAUGGUUGAAUAUAUUUAUUACCUGUUAUCCUGUUAUGUAUAAAAUUUAUAUAUGUGUGUAUGUUUGUGUGUAUAUAUAUAUAGUUUGUAUAUUGCAUAUAUUGUAUUUUUGUAAUAUUGUAUCCUAUUGUAACAAUGCAAUGUUUUGUGGAUCCAGGACAUACUUGAAAAUGAGAAAAAUCUCAAUGUAUCCAUCCUGGUAAAAUAUUUUAUAAUAAUAAUAAUAAUAUAAUAAUAUUUUAUAGUAAAUAAAUACAUUUGUCAGCCAUUGUCUCCAUAGUGCCUUAAUAAUGCAUGGCACUACAGAGGUUAAAUUAAUCUGUACAGGACAUCCAGGCAUAUAGUGUAAAUUAUAAAACAAAGACUACAGAAUGUUUUUUGUUUUUUAAAUAGCACCAAGCUAUAGUUAACUUUAGUUAUUUAUGAGAAAGUGCCACAUCAAAUUCAGUAACAAAGUUACCUCUCAGCCUUGACUGAUAUUGAAUUGCUAUUGAUCUGUUCAAAAACUUUCUCACUUCUUUUUUGUUCAUUGGUUUUGCCUGGGAAAUUUGCAUAAAAAGAAAGAUUAAAAAAAAACAAACAAAAACGUAAUCCAAUUGGAGACUUUAUUUGUUCGUUACAAUAUGCCAUUACCUCCAAAGUGACAAUUCCUCAUUAAAAGAAAACAAAAACUAAAAGGUAUGCUUGCUCUUUGUGAGGCAGCCCCAUGUGGGUUUCAGAUGUUUUUGUUAACAAACAUUUGAGGUUGUAAUGCAAACAAGCUUGCAAACAAAAUGCAAAUGUCUUUUUUAGAAAAGAAUUUACAUUACACCGUGUGUCUCACUAUAAGUGUAAUAGAAUCCUAUGUAAACAUGAAAAUUCACACUUAAAAACCUGAACUUGUCACGUCUCUUUUACAGCACUGUAACUUCACAAAAUAGUGUCUAGGUCAUACAUUGGGCAUAUUGUUUUACUCAGAAGAUGUAAUUGAGCAUUAUUUGGGGGAUUUUAUGACAGUGGUACAUAUCAAGUGUAAGAAAUACUCAGCAAAAAUGCAAAAUGUAUGUAAAAAUGCAAUUUUUUUCCCCUCACCACAAACAGUGACAUAAAUUGGUGAAAAAAUGGUGACAAGUUAAAGCACAAUAUACACCAUAUAAGAUACCCCGAGGUGUCUGCUUUAUCAAAUGAAAGCCCUUUGUGGGCUUAAUUGAACAGUAAAACUGCUAUAAUACCCCAAAAUUAGACCUAGGCCCAUCAUAUCCAUCUAUGAAAAUUCCAACUAUAGAAACUGAAAUAGCCUUGUCUCUUAUAUGGCAUUGUAGCUUUACAGAAAAGUGCCAAAGGCGUACAAUGGGAGUAUCAUUAUACUCAGCAGAUGUAGUGACCACAAUAUGGGUUAUGUGCAGGAAUAUAGCACACACCAGCUUUACGAAAUACACAUUACAAAAAACUUGUUAUAUGUGUAUAUGCCAAAAUAGAGAAAAAACACAAUUUUUCUCCAAUAUUUAGCAGAGAUUGGCAAUGAAAUGGCUACGCAAAAAGUGUCAAACUAACCUUAGGUAAAUAGCCUAUGAUGUCUACUUUAUAUAAAUAUAUACUUUUGCAUGGCAAUUUUAUUUUCUGUGAUGGCUACUAAAUCUUGUAGACAAACAUACCAACUUCUAAAAUUGUUUCACAUUGAAAUUUUAUUUUAGUCCUUGUAUUUUGUUACCUGUAACUUUCAAAAUAAGCUGAAAUCCUAUACAUAUUAUGUACUCUAUAAAUCAAGACACAUAAAUGCAUUUAUUUUUAAUUACUUAUUCUAAGCUGGACAUAUUAUGCACACGCUAUUAUUGCCAAAACUGUAAAAAAAAACUUUUUGUUUUUUUCCAUUUUUUUCCAUUUUAUUUUUAUAAUUAAUGAGAAUGUAUCUAUCUAUAUGUGACAUCAAAUUAAAGCCCCUUUUCCCUCUAAAAAAACGGUAUAUAAGAUGUGUUGGUGCAAUAAAUGACAAAGAUGCAAUUUGCGUUUGAGCACAAACAGCAAAAAAUGCAAAAAUGGCUUGUGUCCUUAAGGGUAAGUCCAGUUUUUGAAGCUGCGUCCUCAAGGGGUUAAAUACUUUGUUAUUAUCAUUAUUGCUCUUACGAUAUUCAUAAAGAAUCUUUAUAAAAAAAUCACAUAAAAUCCGCAUUGGAAUUGUAGUUACAUUUUAACACAAUAAAAAUAUUGCAAGUUUCUACAUUUUCCAGUGGAGUAAAUUAUUCAUUUAGCUCCUGCCAAGAGCUGCAGACAUGGGUCUGGACCAGGAGUAGGUGGUGCCAAGAAAGAAGAGGUUACGGAAAGUGAAUCACCCAUUUUCCACAUCUUAUGGAGCUAUCAUGCAAGUAGACAUGUCAUAUUAUUGACUCUUUGAAAAAAAAUGUGACAGUGCUGCUUCAAUACUCAAGAAAUAACAAGGAAUAUUGCAAAACAGAAAACUAUUUUUAAUAACAAGACUCAAGGACUUAGAAAAGGAAAACACUCUCAAUAUCUUCCUAUAAAACUGGACAUCCUCAGGAAUCUGGACAUCCAUUCUAAAAAUUAAUCUCAAAUUAACUGAAGGAUAUCACAGCCCUUUGGUUGCUAUCAGAAGCAAUGUGCUCUUUGGCUGCACAGAAUGAAGAGAAGGACCUCAUAGCUUGAGCCUUAAGUCCUGAAGGAGGUUGGAUGACUGGAGGCUCAUAUACUCAACCUACUUGGGUGACCUUUGAAAUAUCCAGGGGAUGACAAAUAAUUUCAACACUUUUACAUGACAAGGUAGCUCUCUAGACAAGCCACAGAUUGUCCCAUAAAUCAUCUGUAUUCUCCUCCUAACAUUCCUAUCAUUUCUGGGAAUUUGUGAGGUAACCACUUUUUGUUGGAACAGACACAGGAGGUGUAUUUAACACCAUAUCUUGGUGGAAAGACCUGUGUCGGAACACCAUCUGAGAAAACUGAACAAACUGUAUCUCAUUUAGCAAGUCAGUCGUUCAAUAUCUGGCUAAGAGUACUUACUACAGACAGGGCAGGACUGGAAAUGUUUGACCUUGGGAGUAAGUACAAAUGAAAGAUCUUUUUUAGAUGGAGACUUCAACCUCAAUCAGUAUGACCUGCACAGCAUAAGAGUGCUUUCACAGAAAUGUGCGCAUUUUGCGAUUGACUCCCAAAACUCAGUUUCAUUAAAGUUUUAAUUAAACCCACAGCCACUUGUAAUCAACUCCAGGUCAUACAUACCUACCAUAGUCUAGCAACCAGCUGGCCACAGGUACUGCAGUCUCUCAGGAAAUAUCUCACUGGACAUUUAAGGCCUGGAAAACCAUUGAGGUUAUAGACUAAGCACAAGCCUCACUCAAUGCUGGAUUAGCAAAUGCCCAUCACAAUUCCUGUUUUCUUCCCAAGUACGCUACUAACAGGCAUCCCAGCACAUCUAUAGUUGCUUUGAAUCAUGAGAAGAAUGGUGCUGUGACACAGCAGGCAUCUAUCAGUGUAUGUAAGUGAUGUGGGGAGCAAUUGCCCACCUUGACAAACAUCCACUGAUUAUAGACACUGAGAAGCCUUUUGACAAUGUUUUUUUCCACUGAAUUUACAUGGCCAAGUGUGAGCAGAUCGAUGGAAGAUUAAACUUUGAUAUAAGAGUUUCAGGAGAGGAGGGUAUUCCUUAGGAGUUCUGGAGCCAGCGUUAUGUGAUUGAUGACGAAAACAAACAUCUUGCAUAAUUAUAGGGUAGUUGUGGAUGUCAUGACUAUUCUUGUAUUGAACCGAAAAAAAGAGAGAUCUUCUUUGUUAUGUAAGUAAAAAGAGUUAAAGAGCCCCCACCUUAUUUUUUCAUUACACAAGGAUUUUGCACACUCUGGAAUUCCUGCGGAGGGGGACUCAGAUCUCCCUCUACAAACAGAUGCAAGGAUGCAAUGGAUUUCAGCAGUUUUGGGCUGAAGUCUGGCCACUGAUCACAAAACUAUGUAUCGUUACACAAUAUAUAACAUGAUUUUCCUAUUAUUUGAAAAGAGUGCAUUCUGUUUUCAAACUCCAAAUCUUGAGGGAAUCACAUAUACAUUCACCUUUCGAAGGGUCAGUGUGACAAGACCCAAAAGGACCUAUUUGUUUUCCAGAAAUGUUUAUUGUCUAGAGAGGGGUUAAAAAAUCAACAUAUGUACUCUAUUUAUGGCGAAAACCCAGAAAUCCUUGUCUCUUCUUUAGCUAAGUUUAUUGUAUUUAUUUUCAGUAUUAUUGUAGAACAUUGUUGCUGUGAAAAGUGGAUUCCCCCCACUCAAAGUGCAGAAAAAGUCAAUGGCAAGGACUUUUGUCGCACCAUGUCCCACGCCUGACCUAGGCAGCUGAGUGAAUAAUUUAAAGUAUGGUCCUUACCUUUAUUUAAUAGUCAUCUUGAAUUUAUCCAGGUUGUAAGUAAUUCGUGUAAUUAAUUAAUUAAUAAUCGGUACAGAGGAAUCUUCAUCAAAAGAAGGAUUUAAUGCCCUUGAUUAAGUUCUAACAUGGUAAAAAUGGAGAAGUCCAGCUGUGCUCAGAUUAUAAUGGAAUUGGAGUAUCUUUAAAAUAUUUCUCUGUCUUUAUAUAUGUGGCUAAAUGUUAUUGGAAUAUGAGCUAACAGGUAGGACAUGUAGGUGACCAGAUGCUGUAAGUUGUAAUAAAUUACUAUAAUAUAAAUGACAGAUUUUAAAUACAUUUAUACACAAUUUUGAGAACAGGUCAUGACCAAUAACAGGCUACUUUCUACUUGGAAAAUUGUGUUGCAACACUUUCCGUUUAGAAUAACCUUUUUUUUCACAGUUCUGCAACAUUUAGCAGAUCCGAAAUAACUUUUUCCCCCAACUGCUCGACUGCUGUUUUAAACAUCAUUCGUCAAAGGUUCUUUCUCCAUCUCAAUUAGUAUUCCGCAGCAACAGCUGUAUUACAGAUGGUCUGCUUUGAUCAAUCAAUAUAAUGGAGACCCUUUGAGAUGAAAAGGGAAUGUGGAGAAAAUAUACAAAUUUACAGUUUUUAUACUGGUUCAUUAAUAUUACACGUCCUCUGUACACGGAUUUAAAGCCACAGGCAGAUUUAAUGGAUUAAAAAAGGCAAAGCAAUGUUUCAACCUACUAAGAGGUUUUUAUCAGCUUGAUAAAGACCUCUUAGUAAGUCAAAACAUUGCUUUGCCUUUUUGACCCAGUAAAUCUGCCUGUGGCUUUAAUUCUGUGAUUGCCUGAAGAUUUUUUCUGUUUUAAAAACAGGAGGGACAGCACCUAAAGAAUCAUUAACCCCUUAAGGACACAUGACAUGUGUGACAUGUCAUGAUUCCCUUUUAAUACCAGAAGUUUGGUCCUUAAGGGGUUAAACCACAGCCACCACAGCAAGCUGUAGUGCUUAUAGUGUUUAGAUAAUUCCUUGGAGUAUGAUUACUAACAUUUUGGUUGCUCGAACUCUUGAAAACCAUUGUUAUCCUGUGUUCAAAUUUGUCCUGUUUGUGUGUUCACUAUCUCGCCUUUGUGAGCAAACAAACCUUUUUUUUCUUUCGAGACAGUUUAAAAAAACGCGUUCCUAGUGAGGGAAACCUCAGAUGUUGUUGACUAUGUUUCAUGUAGUACAAUGGAUACUGAUUGCAAAAGACUAUACACAAAAUGACAAACGUACCAGGACAGUGCUAAGCGUAGGAUUCUGUUCUAUUUAGCCAUGGCUUCAUCUACUGUAUCAAUUUAAACAUUACAUUACAUUCAGUACAUUUUAUUAGGGUUUGGAGGCUUGUGGCUUUGGAAAAGAAAUUUGGAAACAUAAUUUGUCAUUUAUCAAAUAGACAAAAAUUACAAAACUGUCUCUAAAAUCUUUAUUGCUGAAACAUAGUAGGUCCAAUUCUGUAACUGCAGCAUUAUAACUUAUGCAAGGAUAAUAAACAGUUUGUAGAGCUUUUGGUAUAUAGUGCUACAUACUAUACAGGAAUCAGAUCCCUAAAAGGCUUUGUAGCAGGUCUGCCUCUUUUUCGCCACAUUUUGGGUAAUGUUGUCAGUCUCAGUUAAAGUUGCCACUGUUUUUGUUUGGAGAGCUAGGGCCAAUGUUCAAGUUGAAGGUGCAUUUUGUCGCAUGUGGUAGAUGGGAGGAGUUGCCAUAAUUUUUGGGUGCCCUUAAGAAAGAACAAGAAAAAGUGUAGCGCUAGUGAAACACUAUUAAAAUAAUCUUAUACCAAAUGGAUCGCCUUUACAGACCCGAAUACCUUUUACGCUUGAGCUAAGUCUAAUAGCUCUACACUUGUGAGUGCUUCUGAUUUUAUAAAUACUCACUUCUUUUAAAACUUAUGACACUAUGUUAUUUUUUUUUAUAAUUCUAGGAUUUGUGGAUGUUUCAUUUGAAAUCUAUCCAUUUGAUAUAAGUAUAUUUUUAAUAUUAUUUCACUAGCGCUACACUUUUUCUUGUUCUUAAUUUGUCUUUUUUGGUGUAUAUAGAAAUGUUUUUACACCCAAGUGUUAUAGCUACUAUUAUUAAUAUUUAUUCAUAUAUAUUUAUACAAAUUUGCACUCUAUAGCGCCAGUACUUAUUUUCACAUUAUUAUCCUUAUGAAAGUGAGUCUAAAGAAGAUAUGAACCCCUAUCCUAUCUCUAUUUACAGCACGAUCAAUAGUCUGAUUUUUAUGUGUUGGCAAAGUAUUCUGAUAGAGUGUUGCGUGCCAUUUCUUUGGGUGAUUAGUUGGCCAAAUCAUUUUGUCACUCAGACGGUGAAAAGCGUGAAGUAACAGUAACUUUAUAUAUGUAAGUACGUUCAGAAAUGUAUUGACAAUUCACAAUGUGUAUCUUGAAAUGCUGUGCAAGUAAACAUUUCACAUCCUUCUUAGGCAAUGGUAAAUAUGUGGAAUAGUGGAUGAGGCCCACUGUAUAUAGAAAAGUUAAGUGUACAAUGUGUCAAGAAUAUUUUUUUAAAUUUAUUUUGUAUUUUUUACAGGUAGAAAGGUAGACAGGUAACAUGGCAAACUUUAAAGGGCAUGCACUGCCAGGGAGCUUUUUCCUUAUAUUUGGCAUUUGGUGGUCCAUAAAAUACCCCCUGAGGUAUGCAUGCAAGAAAAAUAAGAAAGUUUGUUCCUUCGGAUCGAAAGUAGGGUUGCAGAGGCUGGAAAUAAUUGAAGGAGCAACAAAAGCAGUAUUUGCAUUAAUAGGUAAGUAGGUCCAGUUAGUUUUACUAUUUAAGUUAACAUGCAUAACACUUUAAAUUAAACAUGCUUUAUUGCUCCUUAAAAGUUGAUUGCUUUCCUAAACCAUAGGGCCUUGUGUUAGAAUUAAUUGUUUCCCUUCUUUUAUCUAUUGUACAACACUGUGAAAUAUGUUGGCUCUAUAUAAAUGAUUGUAAUUGUAAAUAAUACCAUUGGGGGCUCUAGAGAUAUAAUACACCAUGUGAGAGGAGAUUGAUUGGUUUCAAAAUGUCUCCAGAACCCUGAAGUGACAUUAUUUUUUCUGACUAUAUACUUUGCUAUUAUCAGGGCCGUCUUUAAUAUUGAUUGGACCCUGGGCAAGCAUCUGCUUGGGCCCCCUGGGCAUGCAAUCACUCCCUCCACCCCAACCUAGAGGCGAAACUAAUGUAGAGAGUGCCUUGGUGCAAAAAAAAAAUAAUUCAGGCCUGCCCUGUAGCACAAGAGUAAAGAAAAGAUAGAUCCCCAUCUGUCAUACAACUCCUGCGAUGCUAUGCCAGCUGGGGAUCUACCAUCCUUGCAGGGUUGUAUUUUUGAGCAGUGUUUGUGCAAUUGAAUGUCAGCAUGUUAUUGUAUAGAGUGUAUGUGUGCAUGUAGGGGUGUAUUUGUAUGUACUGUUACCAUUGGAAUGCAGUGGUGUACUUGUGUGUAGUGUUUGCAUUUUAAUUCAGGGAUGUGUGAUUGUUUGUAGUGUUGGCUUUUAAAUGCAGGUGUACUUUUGUGUGUAGAGUUGGUGUUUGUAUAUAAUUUUAGCGUUUUAAUACAGGAAUGUGUUUGCAUGUAAUGUUUGUAUUUGCAUGCAGGGGGGUGUUUGGAUGUAGUGUUGUCUUUUAAAUACAUCUGUACAUUUGUGUGUAGUAUUAGUGUUUCAGCAAACUGGUGUGUUUGUAAUGUUUGUGUUUGCAGGGGUCUGUUUGCAUGUUGUGUGAUUUCUAUAACACAUAUACACAUUAACAUGCAGAUACACACAUGCUCACACUGACACAUGCUCUCACCUUGACACAUACUGGCACAUACACAUACACACACACUCAGAUACACACCCUUUGACACACAGAUACAAGCACUUUGAUAUACACACACUGGCACAUACACACACACACUGACACAGGUAUAUACACACACUCAGAUACACACAUACAUAAAGGUAUAAAUGCAGGGGUGUAUAUGUGUACAGUGCUAGAGAUGGAAUGUAGGAGUGUAUUUGUGUUGGCAUUAAAAUGCUGGGAUGUAUGCAUUACCACACACUCAGAUGCACACUUACACACACACCGAAACACACACACAGGUGCACAUACAGGUGUAUGAGGUAUACAUACACACAGAAACACUGACACACAGACAAACACAGCCAGAUACACACAAGGACAUAAACACAGCCAGAUACAAACAAGGACAUAAACACAGCCAGAUACACACACACACAUAUAUAUGUGUACAUUUACCGUAUAUACUCGAGUAUAAGCCGACCCGAAUAUAAGCCGAGGCCCCUAAUUUUACCCCAAAAAACUGGGAAAACGUAUUGACUCGAGUAUAAGACUAGGGUGGGAAAUGCAGCAGCUACUGGUAAAUUUCUAAAUAAAAUUAGAUCCUAAAAAAAUUAUAUUAAUUGAAUAUUUAUUUACAGUGUGUGCAUAUGAUGAAUGCAGUGUGUGUGUAUGAAUGCAGUGUGUGUGUAUGAGUGCAGUGUGUGUAUGAGUGCAGUGUGUGUAUGAGUGCAGUGUGUGUGUGAUGCAGUGUGUUUUGUGUUGCAGAGCCUUGGUAUGUAUGAAUGCAGUGUGUGUGUAUGAAUGCAGUGUGUGUGUGUGAAUGCAGUGUGUUUUGUGUUGCAGAGCCUUGGUAUGUAUGAAUGCAGUGUGUGUGUGUAUGAAUGCAGUGUGUGUGUGUGUGAAUGCAGUGUGUGUGUGUGUGAAUGCAGUGUGUGUGUGAUGCAGUGUGUUUUGUGUUGCAGAGCCUUGGUGGGGGGUGGGCAUUUUUAUAAAAAAAAAUUUAUUAUUCUUUUAAUUUUUUUGUUAUAUUAUUUUUUUUAUUAUUUUUUUAUUAUUAUUAUUAUUUAUAUUUGUAUAUUAUUAAGUUAUUUAUUUUUCGUCCCCCCUCCCUGCUUUUUAGCUGGCUGGGGAGGGGGGCUCUCCUUCCCUGGUGGUCCAGUGGCAUUGGCAGUUCAGUGGGGGGAGGAGGGGGACUGGCAGAGCUGUUACUUACCUCUCCUGCAGCUCCUGUCAGCUCUCUCCUCCUCCGCGCCGGUCCGUGCAGCUCUUCUGUCAGCUCACACUGUAAGUCUCGCGAGAGCCGCACUAUGACCCCGCGGCUCUCGCGAGACUUACAGUGUGAGCUGACCGAGGUGCUGCACGGACCGGCGCGGAGGAGGAGAGAGCUGACAGGAGCUGCAGGAGAGGUAAGCGCUCGCUGCCAGCCCCCAGUCUGUAUUAUGGCAAUGUAAAUUGCCAUAAUACAAACAGUGACUCGAGUAUAAGCCGAUUUGGGGUUUUUCAGCACAAAAAAUGUGCCGAAAAACUCGGCUUAUACUCGAGUAUAUACGGUACAUAUUUUAAUCUCUGCCUUCUAGCAGCUCUUGGACAGCAACUCCCAGCAACCUUGGCCAAUAUAAUGUCUCAACUCUGUUCUUACGUACCCUGGUCCAGAAUUUGGCAAAAGUGACAUUUGAAAAUGGUAUACAGCCUUUGAUAACACUUGAUGCAAUAAUAUGUUAAAAUAAAUACUUUUUAAAUUUAUAUUUAAUAGGGAACUGUCAGGUUCUUCUAGGAUUUUUAACAUGUACUUAUUCCCUGUGUGUUACAUUACAAACACCAACACUUGAAUAAAAGUGAUAUCAGAAAUUAGCAAAACAAAAAACAAAACAUAUUUAGCCACCCUCCUGUCUCCUUACCUUUUGGGUACAGAAAGGUGGCUUCCCUGGUGUCCAGUGAGAGCUUGCUGGCCCAGGCUGAUGGGAGUCUGCCAUCAGCUUUCUCAGUCCCUCUCCCCCACAUUGCUUGCAUCCUCCUCCAUGUGGUGUGUGCCUCCACCCCAGCGGCACGGAGGAGGAAGUGAUCAGUUCUUACUGGGAGGAAGAAAUCUGACCUCACUGCCUCUCAGCAUGCCCAGGAAACAAAGAGACUCAAAGGGCAGUAUGUGAGGGGGCUAGCUGUGAGUAUGUAGUCAGCCACCCCCCAUAUAACAGGGGCCCGGGCCGGUCCAGAGCAGUAUUAAAGGGCUGUGGCCCCUGAUUACCUCAGGUGCCGCAGGGGGCCCAUGGGGCAGCUGCCUUAGGGCCCCCAGGAGUAACUGGGCCCGGGGCAGCUGCCCCUUUUGCCCCUCCUUAAAGACGGCCCUGGCUAUUAUAUAUCGUACAUAUUACUUUUCUAAACUUUAAAAAAAAUGUUUAUUGGAUUUUCCUCCAUAACAGCUGGAAUGCCAGUGAUUAUUCAUAGUCAUUUGAGCUUCUGUGGAAUCCAACACAGGAAUACGCUCACACAUGUACACACAGGCCCAAAUACACACCACACCAAAAGGAUUCUUUUUCCCCAAAGGACCAAAAUUGGCAAACCACUCAUGAAACGGAUGGAACCUGAGAAUUUCCAAGUCUGACCAAGGUUUUACCUCGAGAUGUGAUGUCCAACACAGAGAGUCAAAACAAAGCUAAUGCCCAGCAAUAUAAAUAUAUCCCAGCUAGAUAGAAAAUUAGAUCUUAAUAGAAAGAACUCAAUUGUACUUCAUAUCUAUGUGACAUAGUAAAAAAAAAUCAAAGUGUGUGUGCAUAUCUAGAUACAUACUGAUCAGCCACGACAUUAAUACCACUUACAGGAAAAGUGAAUAGCAUUGAUUACAUAGUUACCAUUGCACCUGUUAAUAGGUGAUAUAUUUUAGGCAGCAAGAGAAUAGUUGGUUCUUGAAUAUCAUAUGUUGGAAACAGAAAAAAAUGGGCAAGCAAAAAGAUCUAAGUAACUUUGACAAGGGCCAAGAAGUGAUGGCCUGACAACUGGGUCAAAACAUCUCUAAAACGAAAAGUCUUCUGGGGUGUUCCCAUAAUGUAGUGGUUGUACGUACCAAAAGUGGUGCAAGUAAGGGCUACCGGUGAACCAGUUAGGGGACACCCAAGUCUCAUUGAUGUACGUGGGGAGUUAAAGCUAGCCUGUCUGCUCUGAUGACACAGAAGAGCUACUGUAGCUCAAAUUGCUGGAAAAUGUAAUGCUGGCCAUGAAAGAAAUGUGUCAGAACACAUAGUGAAUUGAAGUUUGCUGCGUAACUGCAGACUGGCCAGAGUACCCAUGAAAGCCCCUGUCCCCUGCAGAAAGCACCUUCAAUGUGGACGUGAGUGUUAGCACUGGACCACGGAGCAAUAGAAGAAAGUUACCUGGUCUGAUGAAUCACGUUUUCUUUUGAUCAGGUGGAUGGCCGGGUGUAUGUUGUUUACACCCGGCCAUCUCCCCUGACCUGUACUAUGGGAAGAUGGCAGGUCAGGGGAGAUAGUAACAUGCUCUUGGCAAUGUUCUGCUGGCAUUCCUGUGGAUAUGACUUUGGCAUGUACCACCUACCUAUAUAUUUUUGCAGACCACUUACACCCGUUCAUGGCAAUGGUGUUCCUUGUUGGCCCUUCAGCAGGAUAAUGUACCAUGCCACACUGCAAUUGUUCAGGAAUUGUUUAAGAAACGUGGCAAAAGGACUCCAGACUAUGAAGAGGUAUAAAAGGGUGUGAUGAGGGUCAGCGGAGACACACAUAAAGGCAGAGCCGGGCCUUCCUUUAGACCACCUAGGCAGUGGCCUAGGGCGCCAGUUCCUUGGGGUGCGCCUCUGACCAACCUGCAGCUAUAAUUGUGUCUGGGUCUAUCGGGGUGACUAGACUGGGUUGGCCCAGUAACACAUGGAAAAAUUCAGGAUGGCAGCCAGGCGCCAGCGGCGCUGCCUUUACUUACACAGUGCUGCACUACCUUCUGGCCACCCGCGCCUGGCUGCACUUGAUAUUAUUGCGCGCGGGCGCUGUGUCUAUGCACACCCACCCCCUACCAUGUGUGUGGGAACAUGUCAGAGAAAGGAAGUGGGGCAUGGAGGCAAAGAGUAUCCAUCCCAGGAGGCCAUUCACCAGGUACGCAUUUUACUUGCACAGCUGGAAGUGGGGUUGAUACAGGGAGUAACAGGAUGCCAGGCAGCAAACUGAUAUAUGAAAUUAAGGUAAGUGUGUGUUUCAGAGAAUGCGUCUGCAUAUGUGUGUGUGUGUCAAUCUGCAUGUGUCUGUGUGUGUUUGUGUGCCAGUCAGCAUGGUGCAUGGGUCUCUGUGUGUUUGUGUCAGUCUGCAUGGCUCAGUGUGUGUGUGUGUGUGUCAGUCUGCAUGGGUCUGUGUCUGUAUGUGUGUCAGUCUGCAUGGCUCAGUGUGUGUUUGUGUGACAGUCUGCAUGGGUCUGUGUGUGUAUGUGUCAGUCUGCAUGGAUCUGUGUGUUUCUGUGUGUGCUAGUCUGCAUGUAUGUGUGUGUCAGUCUGCAUGGGUCUGUGUGUGUGUGUGUAUCAGUCUGCAUGGGUCUGUGUGUUUGUGUGUGUGUAUCAGUCUGCAUGGGUCUGUGUGUUUGUGUGUGUGUGUGUCAGUUUGCAUGGGUCUGUGUGUCAGUCUGCAUGUGUCUGUGUGUGAUUGUGUGUCAGUCUGCAUGGUGCACGGUUCUGUGUGUGUAUGUCAGUUUGCAUUAAUUCUGUGUGUCUGUGUGUGUCAGUCUGCAUGGGUCCAUGUGUGUGUGUCAGUCUGCAUUGGUCUGUCUGUGUCAAUCUGCAUGGGUCUGUGUGUGUGUAUGGCAAUCUGCGUGAGUCUCUGUGCAUGUGUGUGUAUGUGUCGGUCUGCAUGAGUCUUUGUGUGUGUGUGUGCGCGCCAGUGUUGGUCUGCAUGGGUCAGUGUGUGUCUGCAUGGAUCAACGGCCCUGCAUAAAGGUGUGUCGAGACAUUUAAAGGGUAAAAGAUGUCAUGAUAGGGAGUAACAGGUGUAAGGGGAUAAGCAAACAUGGGGUGAGAGGGGGGUCAGGACAACUACGCACUGCCACAACUCAAAAAUUGUUUAGGAAUGGUUUAACCCCUUAAGGACACAUGAUAUGUGUGACAUGUCAUGAUUCCCUUUUAUUGCAGAAGUUUGGUCCUUAAGGGGUUAAGGAACAGGACAAAGAGUUCAAAAUGUUCCCUUGGCCUCAAAAUUCACCAGAUCUUAAUUCAAUUGAGCAUCUGUGGGAUAUGUUGGAACAACAAAUCUUAACCUUGGAAGACCCACCUUGCAACUUGCAGGACUUAAAGGAUCUGCUACUGAAAUCUUGGAGCUGGAUACCACAGGCCACGUUCAGAGCUGUUUUGGCAGCAUGAGGGAGACCUACGCAAUAUUAUGAAGGUGGUUUAAUGUUGUGACUGAUCAGUGUAUAUAUAUAUAUAUAUUAUAUCAAGACGAUACUAUGGAAUUUUAAUGGGAAGGUUACACCCUGGGUACAUUUAUGUUUCAUGUGAGCACAAGGUCUAUGUACAUCAGACAGGAAUUAGUUAAAUAAAUGGAUACAUAGCAAGGACUUACUGUACAGAUCUGCAUUUAUGGUUAGAAAAUAAAUUAACCUCUCACCUUUAUUGUGUUUUUCAGGCAUGAUUGCUGAGCAGUUUGUGCCAGAUGGACCUCACCUGAAGUUGUACAAUUCAGAAGAGAAACAAUGGAGCCAUCUAAUGAACUGGCAACAUUCCACCAUGUAUCUCUUUUAUGGCAUCUCAGGGGUAGUGGACAUUAUCACUCACACUACCAAAGCUGUUCCGGUAGCAAUCGAUAGGAUGAUGCUGUCUAUUGCUGUCUUUGUUGAAGGUAUUUUAUUUGGGGUUUCUAUAAUUAUAUUAUUUAGAAUUCUAACAAAACAGCAAAAAUAAAUCAUAAAUAAAUAAAUCAGAAACCAGUACAUGGUAGUCAAAACACCUAAUCUGCAAACUGGAAAUAUAACAAUCUAUGGCUCCACUGAACAAAAUACUAAAAAUAUGGUUAGUAUAAACAAUAAAAAAAUAAAUCUAUAAUAAGAUGUAUGUAGAAAAAUAUCAAAAUUCAUAAGGAACUUUUUUAUUUUAUUUUUUAAGCAUAAUAUACAGGUGUUUUUUGUCCUUGUUGAGCUGUUCUAAAAAAAAAAAAAAAAGAAACUGAGCUGAUCGUUUGUGUCAUCUCAACGUAGGGUGCUCUUAAUAAGAGGAAUUAAGUUUACAUAGGUAGAGUAGAAGACAAAAUGUUGAUUGCAAAGGAGCAAAAGGCCAGUAACACAAAAUUGUGUUACCUUUCUCACACAGUUUUUUGAAUGGGAAGCAUGUGAUGCUCUCAGCCAAUCCAAAUAGCGGCUGUGAUACUCACACUGGCACAGAUACACACACACACACACGCACACUGAUAUCCACACUGGCACAUACACACACACGCUCUGAUACUCACACUGGCACAUACACACACACUCUGAUACUCACACUGGCACAUACACACAAAUACACACACAUAUACCCACAUUGGCACACACACAGAGAUACCCACACUGACAUGCACACACACACUCUGAUACUCACACUGGCACAUGCACACACACACACACACACACACACACACACACACACACACACACAGAUACCCACACUGGCACAUAAACACACACACUGGCACAUACACACAAAUACACACAUUGACACAUACACAGAUAUACACAUUGACACAUACACACAAACACACAUAUACAUAAACACACAUAUACAUACAUUGGCAAAGACACAUAGAUACACACACUAGUAAAUACACACACUAAUUCAGAUACACAUACAAUCUGAAAUACAAUACAGCCACCUGUUAGCUUACCUUUUGGUGUCUGGGCUGAGGCUGAUGGGAGUGAGCAUUUCCUCCUCCAGCUGCCUCCUUCUCCUCCCACGCGGCAGUUUUUUUCAGCUGGGAGGAAAUGAUAGCAUAUCACUACCUCCUAGCUGGCAGAUACUGCAGAGCCCAGUCAGGCUCUUAAAGGGCUGGGCACCUGACUGGGCCUCUGUACAAGAAAGUGGGUAAUGAGUAAAGGGCAUUUAUCAUUUGUAAUACCCUGAAAAUCAAACACACACAAUCUGACAUGCAUUGUAUGUUAGAUUGUGUGUAUGAUUUCUGGGAUAUUACACAUGGUGUGCGGGUAUCCGGACACCUCAUUAAACAUACAGGAGUUUCCCGGACCUAUCAGGAAACUUGGGAUGUCUGCACACUGGACACAAGGGAUUCCGUCCUCCUGGAAAAAGGAGUGUGGCUAAGACACGUGAAACUAAUGGCAUGUGUCUGUGUGUAUCUAUCAGUGUUUGUGUUAAUGUGUGUGUGGCAGUGUAUGUGUAUAUGCACAUAAAACACUACAUUCAAUUGAAAAAUGCUGCACACAAUUUACCUCUGCAUUUGAAAGCCAACACCACACACAAAUUCAUUUGAAAGCCACAGUCAAACUCCAUGAAACGGCAAGAAGCAUCUCUAGUGGCUCUGGUUGGGAACAGGGACACUGCACCCAGACCACUUCAAUGAGAUGAAGUGGUCCGGGUGCCUAUAGUGUCCCUUAACGUUUACAUAUUGUGUUGCACACAUUAAUACAAAAUCAAGGUGACCUUUCUUGGAUGUUUAUAGGCAAACAAAGUUCAUGUUUGAUUUUCGGAGUAAGCCCAAUAGAUUACAUAUUCUUUCAUGUGACUUGUUACCAUUUUGUUUUUGAUCUUUACAAAGUUUUACAUAUUCUUAUAACAAAAACCCAUUCCAAUGGUACUGUUAGAAUGCAACUGACACAUUAUAACAAGAUCUUUGUAAUUGUAGGGUUCCUGUUUUAUUACCAUGUGCAUGGAAGGGCAAUGCUGGAUGUUCACGUACACUUGCUGCUGUUAGUGGCUGUGUUUGGUGGAGCUCUGUGUAUAUUCUUGGAGGUGUUUCACCGUGGCAACAUUAUCCUAGAAUUAUUCCGGACCAGUCUGUGUAUACUACAAGGCAGCUGGUUCUGGCAGGUACGUUUGAUGUUUCUCUUUGUCACAUGACAUUGUUUACUAUUGUGAGGUAUGAAUGUAUUUAUGUGAGCCAGUUUGUUGUCAGUUUAUGUCAAGUUCCAGCUGUUACCUAACCGUCAGGAGCUCAUAGAACCAUUUUGUUGCAGUAUUUAUGUAUUUGCAAUCCCAGUCAGCCCACCUUACCAGUAAGGGUCCCUGGCCUACCUGCAAUCCUCCAAGAGCGUAAGCUCAUUUGAACAGAGCUUUCUUCACCUCUAAUCAUUCAUUUUCUGUUAUUGUAAAGCACUGGGGAAUAUGUUGGCGUUAUAGAAAUGCUAAUAGUAAUAAUAAUAAGCUGCUGACUAUUUUUGCAGAAUUAUAUAUAAAUGUAAUUAUAUUGCCUAACUAAUGUUGUCCUGGAAGUUGAUGUUUUGUGGUUCCUUGCCCAUCCUAGUAAUGUUUGUGGCAGGCGUGGAACAGAUACCUGGGGUGGAGACAGUCAUGGGAAGGGUAUUGUGGCCCGGUUAUUUCACAUCUGUACAUGGUUAUUUUCCCCUCCUGUUGAUUCAUGUUGUUCCUCUUUUCUCCCUCCUCUCCAAGAUGCUCCCCUUUUCUGAUUUUAUUUUUCAUAAUGCCUUUUUUCCUAACUUUCUGACUUUACCCCCAGAUGAUACACACUCCCAUUACAACAUUACAUUUCCCAUCCCACAAAUGAGCAGAAAAGCAAAUUAAUAUUGACAUCAUUGAUCAUAGACAACAUUAAAAAACAAACAAAAAGAAUGAGUUUAUUGUCCCUUUAAAUUAGGCUUGCCAACUUCGUAAACCCUUGUUUAUAUUCAUUCUUUUAUUAAACCAUAUUGACACAUUUCCUGCUGGUUCCUUAACUUGCCUAUAGAGAGUGUUUUAGUGUAUAAUGCAUUACAGAGAUUACAUUUCUACCCAAGUGAUGCAUAUUUUGUAUUUCAAUUGCAAUCAGGAUUUUAUGGAUAAACAUCCAUUCUUUCUUUAUAUCUUAUUAAUAAUAUCUCUUUUUUGCAAAUGUAAUAUGAUCUAUGAUAUACUUUUCCUCACAUAAUGUGAUUAGCAUUCAGAGCUUUAAAGAUUCACUCCAUUUUCUAUGCUGAAGAAGCAUUUGUUCCCAAUAACAUUAACCCCUUAAGGACACAUGACAUGUGUGACAUGUCAUGAUUCCCUUUUAUUCCAGAAGUUUGGUCCUUAAGGGGUUAAAGGGAAUAUAUAGGCACCCAGACCACGUAAUCUCAAUGCAGGAUUUAAAUGCCUCUAGUAGCUGUCACUUUGACAGGCACUAGAGGUGCUUCCAGCUAUUUCAAUCAGAUGUUCUCAUUGAGACCAUCUGAUUGGUGCUGCAUGGAAUUUUGCCACACAUGCUCUCUAACCACCCAAUGCUUUACUGUGGGAAAGCAUUCAAUUGGUUGAGCUUAACAAUCUUGAAGAUCUCAGCUAUGGAUGCGAAAGAGCAGCGCACAGACAGGCACUGCGAGGGAGAAAAGGUAAGUAAAACUGCUCUUUUACUCCUUACAGGUGAAGGCCUGUCAACAAAACUGUUAGCAAAGCACUAUAGCGCAAAGAAUACACGUCUGAUUUAAAAAGGAUUAAUUUCAUUCAUAUAACUGUGGUGGAAUUUAAUAUUCAUGAUAAACAAAUGAUAAUAAAAAUGACCCAGACGGUUUAUAAAACGAAAUAGUUCUAUUUGAUAUAAUGAUUAGCAUGCACUCCUAAUAAUAUCACCCCAGUACACUAUCCUCACGUUAUCCAUAUAGCUGUGAGAGGGGUAAAGUUGGUUAGAUCUGGGCCAUAUCCCCUCACCUUAAUAAAGGACCUUCAUUACACAGGUAUUGUGUCUAGAACAGGGAUUUCCAACCCAGUUUUCAAGUACUCCUAACAGUCUAGGAUUUAGGGAUUACCCAGUUGUGUCUAAGGUGUUUUUAGAAAGAAAGAAAAAAAAACAACCAGUCUGGACAGAACUGGGUAAUGCCUAAAUCCUGGCCUGUGAGGGGGGGUACUUGAAAACUGCAUUGGGAAUCCUCGAAGAAGGGGACCACAACUAAUCUGCCACUGAAAUGGUUAAAACACUUAUACUGCAUUUAAUGUUCGUUUAAGCUAUUUUUUUUGUUUUGUUUCAAUACUUUUAUUGAGUUUUAAGAGAUUAGGGGGAAGGGGUACAGAAGAGAAAGGGAUGUGCUUUACAGACAAUACCCAAGGUUAACUCUGCCCCAGUUCCAAAGGGUGGAUCAAGUAUAUACCAAGUUUUACUUCCCCUUGCUCAAUUUUCAACUGUCAUGCAUCACUAUUACUUGGGGAGCUCCGGGUAUCGUCACUCUUAUGUCAAUAACAUUGACACUUCAUAUUUAUGUCCUUCCCGUCCGCUGACAAUAAGGGAGGGGGAAACUAGGUAAAAGGUUAAGGGGGUGUCGGUCCACUAAUAGUAGGAGUGUAUGCUAAGGGUUUAAUAGCCGCUGUGGUUUUAGAGACACUGGGUUCUGUUGUCGCCAAGCUUCCCACUGGUCCCAUGCUGCCUGCCAGGUCUUUUUCUUAGAUCUUAGGCGUCUCACUUCUAUCUCAUACCGUUUUGUGGUGUCAACCUCACCUAAGCAUUGCCCAAUAUCUGGCGAAAGGUCCCUGAGCCACAUCCUUCCUAUUGCUGUCAGGGCUGUGAUGAUAAUAUGAUACAUGAGGUAUAGAGUGGCUUUUUGGAAGUUUCUCGGCAACACCAGCAGCAGGUAUGUCUCUGGUCUAUGUGGUAGCUUCUUGCCUGUUACUGCCUGUAUCGUGGCCGAAAUACCCUCCCAGAACCCUGUAAGUUUCGGCCAGGACCGCCAAAUGUGGAGCAUGGAUCCUGGCUCUGCUCGGCAUCUCCAACACAGGUUGGAUCUUUUGUGGUCCAUUUUGUGCAGUCUUGUGGGAACCAUAUACAUCCUGUAUAACCCUUUCCUACUCGUUUCUAUGUGAGAUGAAUUGAGGCUCCUAUGUGCAAGGAAUAUUUGUGCCCACUGUUCAUCUGAUAUGGUCUUGUGGAGAUCUCUCUCCCAGGCCCCCAUAAACGUCGGUUUCCCUGGUUUAUCGUGUUUCGUAAGUAGCUGAUAUAUUACUGAUAGCAGUUUGGGGGGGAGUUUCGGGGCCAUGCACAAUUUUUCCAUCUCCCCCAACAGGGAGUUGCGUGGUAGUGGUGUAUCCCCCUUGAAAUUCUUCCUUACCCAAGACUGCAAUUGCAAAUGUGAGUAUUGUGCCUUCACUGGGAGCUGGUAGUUCUGGGCUAGAGAGGGAAAAUCUAAUAUGCGACCCUCUUUUAAGAUUUGAAAUAUGUAUAUGACCACAUGUUUGUGCCACAUACCAUAGUCAAAGUCGGGAAUAAAGAAUUGUAAGGCUUGUAUUGGCAGAGCAGGGGAAAUAGGUAUCAGGGCGAUGUCUUAUAAGGAGUUUCGGUCUAUAUGUUUUAGGUAGCCAAGCUAGUGUGGGCAAGGAGAGCCCCCUUGCAUGUGAGGAUUUUAUAUAACUCCACGUCCGUGGAUUCUUGUCAUUGAAGGUGGUUACCAGCGUGCUCGUCACCGCCGCCGCGUAAUACCUUGAAAUGUUUGGCAUUCCCAGCCCACCCUCUCUAAAUGGUUUAUACAUGAUCUCAGCCGCUGUCCUAGGCUUCUUCCCUCCCCAGAUGAAUUGAGUUAUCGAUUGUUAGGAUUCUCUGAAAAAUGUGCUUGGUAGUCUAAUUUGAAGGGUUCUAAAGAGGUAUUGCAAUCUUGGCAGGAUCAUCAUUUUAACGGCAGCUAUUCUGCCUGUCCACGAUAUAUAUUUCUUCCUCCAACUUUGUAGCUGUUGCUUGAUAGAGCUGUGUAAUUUUAAAUAGUUUGCCUUGUAUAGUUGGUUUGUUUGGGGCAUGAGGUUGAUACCUAGAAAUGUUAAGUGGGUUCGUCGCCAGUCAUAGGCAUGGGUAGUUUGUAAUUGCAUAAGUUGGGAUUUAGUGAUGUUUAGGCCCAUGGCCUGCGUUUUGGUUGUGUUCAGUUUGUAGUAGGAGCAGUUGCCGAACCUUGUUAUGAUGGUUCGUAACAUUGGAAGAGAGAUCUCGGGUCUAGACAGCGUGAGCAUAACAUCGUCGGCAAAAGGAGUAAUUUUGUGCAUCCUCCCUCCUGCCAUUAUCCCGUGUACAUCUUGUGAACUCCUUAUAUGCUGUGCUAGGGGUUCUAACGCCAGUAUGUACAGUAAGGGAGACAGUGGGCAUCCCUGCCUAGACCUGUUUGAGAUGGAAAAUGAUUUGGAGGUGAAACCCCCAUUUGAUAUUUUUGCAGUUGGGUUAUCAUAGAGUGCCGAUACUAGUGUAAUGAAGCAUUCCGGGAAGGCUAGCCUCCGAAGUAAUGCUUGUAGGUAGCCCCAGUGCAGUCUGUCAAAUGCUUUUUCUGCAUCUAGUGACAGUACCACACUGGGGUCCCCAGUUUUCUGUAUUGUGUGGAGGAGGUUGAUCAAUUUCCUGGUCCCGUCUGAGCCCUGUCUACCCCGUAUGAACCCAACUUGAUCGUUAUUUAUCAGCUUGGGUAAGAUGUUCCCAAGCCUACUGGCAUAAAUUUUAGCUAGUAUCUUUAGGUCUGUAUUUAACAGCGAGAUGGGGCGCAAAUUUUGGCUCUUAUUGGGCGGCUUUCCGGGCUUUGGCAGAGUCGUUAUAUGAGCUAGGAGCAUUUCUUUAGGAACUGUACCGGUAGUUCGUAUGUGGUUAUAUAGUUUCUCUAAUUGGGGGGUUAGCAAAUAUGAGAAUGUUUUAUAAUAUAGGUUUGUGAAACCAUCCGGGCCGGGGGAUUUCUCUUUGGGAAGCGAUUUGAUCGUGAGCUCUAUCUCUGUUCGUGUGAUAGGUUCUGCCAACAGUGAUUGAUCUGGUUGUGUAAGCUGCUGUAGUCGGAUGUCGUUUAGGAACGAGUCUAUUUCUGCUUGAGACAGUUGGUGUGUAUGUGUGUCAAUUUUUUAAUUGUAAAGUGCGUUAUAGUAGUCUGCCAAUGUGUCAUUGAUCGCCUGCGGGUUAUAUAGCCUAUUCCCCAUGCUAUUGAGGAGAUAUGGGAUUUUUGCGUUUUGUUGUUGUUGCCUUAAAAGUCUUGCCAGGGUUUUCCCCGCUCUAUUUCCUUGCGUGUAUGUCGUCUGUUUUAGUUUGUAUGUCAUAAGGGUUGUGGCUCGCAAAUGUUUAUUAUUCAAUUCUCCUCUUAAGUCAUCUAUGCGUUGUUGCGUAGGCGGCGUUGGGGCCCUGGUUUGCUUAAGGGUUUCUUCCCUUAGGGACCUCAAAAGAUCUAUAUAUUCUUGUCUGGAUUUUUUGUUUAGAUAUGAUUAGCAGGCCUCUAACGACCGCUUUAUGUGCCUGCCAGUGUGUGGUCACAGAUAUGUCCGGAGUGCUAUUCAGGUCAAAGAAGGAGUUUAUUCCCUCUUCCAGUUUGGUUGUCAAGUCGCUAUUUAGGAGAAGAUGAUCAUUCAGGCGCCACGGGGUCACCCCUCGUGAGGGGAAAGUAUCCUCUAAUGUUAGGUGCACUGGGGCGUGAUCCGACCACACUAUAUUCCCUAUCUCACUAUGCGUGGCUUUCGGCAAUAGAUCUCCCAAAAUAAAUAUAAAAUCUAUUCGGGUGUACGUUUUGUGUACCUGGGAGUAGAAUGUAAAUUCCCGGCUAUUCGGAUGGUGUGCUCGCCACACGUCAUAUAGAUGGUAUUCUGACAAGGAGUUUCAAAAGGAAGUCCGCCUGUCUCCCCACCACUUUUUGCCUAUGGGACAGUUCCGAAGUAGUGGUGUCCAUACGAGCAUGUAGUACAUGAUUUAAGUCCCCGCAUACAAUCGUGGAUGCUUGUACAGUAGUAGGGAUUUUAGAGAGCACCUUCCGCAAGAAGUUCCCCUGGUUGUCAUUGGGGCUAUAUAUUCCCACCAAAUUAUAGACGACAUCAUUAAUUUUACAGUGCAAUAUAAUGUAUCUAUCCUGGGCAUCUUUUUUUAGAUGCAGAAGUUCAAAGGAUAUUGAUGCAUGGAUGAAAAAGGAAACACCUCUAGAUUUGGAGGAGUGGGUUGAGUGGUAUUGUGUGGGGUAAUCUUUAAUGGCAAAUUGGUGUACCUUAUUAUGUGCAAAGUGAGUUUCUUGUAUGCAUAGAAUAUCCGAUUGCCUAUGUUUAGCAUCCUCCAUAAGGAGCCGUCUUUUAUGCGGCGAAUUUAGGCCGCGCACAUUAAUAGUCUGUAUUUUCAUAAUUUAUUUGGUGGUACUUGACUUCUACGUAGUGUGGCAUAGUAAUGAUAUAAUGCCCCAAAGCACCAAGGAAGAGAAACGGGUCUAGGCAAUGGGAUGCGACUGAGGUUUGGAUGCCUAAGCAAUUCAUCCGUGUGCACAAGGAGGCAGCAAUGUAAGGGCCUGUGUUUAGUAGCGUGCCUAUAUUCACCUGACCGACUUGGGGGGAAGCUAGGGGAGAGGGAGGGAAACUUGGAUGGGGUAAAAACUAUGUACAGAUCACCUCCUAGGGAGACUGUAUGUGGAUCGUCCACAUCUGGGGUACGUUGGAGAGUUCGUGUCUCCAUUAGCGUGGCUGUGUGCACCUCUUUGUUAGUAUGUGUCGCCGGUGCUAAUGCAACGUACGUGUUUCGAAUUGUCUGGUGAGCAUUGUCCUAUUGGGUCAGAGUCAGGCCCUACCUAUGCCCACGUCCCCAGGUGUUGUGUGGGAGACCAUUUUGCGGACUAAGCCUGCGUCUGUGGUGGCUGCCCUGUCCUACAGUCCUUUGUCAUUAUUACCAACAGUAUUCAUUUAGACUGGCAAACACUAGUUCCCUUUAACUCACUGUUCGCCCCCCCCACACCCCCAGCACCCAGGACCCCUAGUUCCUCCCGGCCCACCCGGUCCCCACCGUUUUAAACACAGUCCAUCAUACAUGCGGGUGGACGGAGGGCAGCUGUGUGUCCGCUAACCUGUUCGGCGGUUUCUGUUUCCGGUACUUGUUAUGCCAUGUGGCGAGUUGCUUGUUCGUUGCCGCCUCUCGGUCAGUUCAUAGCCCCGGGGGGCUGAGCGUGGGGCAGGGGGAGACCAGCAGGGGAACAGGGGAAGCCUUUACCUCCUCCAUGCAGUCCGGCCCGGGGGUCCCCGCAGAGGGUCCCGCUCUGCUCGCGCCUCGUCACGGGGUCGGCGGGGAACCCCUGACCCGACUGCCCACCCGGAGUGCUCUGUCCCACAAGCCAUCUCCCGCCCCGGACAUCCAGUCCGAAACCGCACACGGGGGGGAGACGGUGCGAAGGGCAUUUCCAAGGGCAGCCAUCUUAUGGAAUCCGGGGUCGGAACACGUGCAGGUCCCGCUCUCCUCCGACCAGAGUCCGGCUGGUCUCAAUGUUUCUUAGUGGCCUUGUUCCACUCCGCGGUAAGUUUCCCCGCAGGUUUGGCCGAUGACACCGUCUGUGCUACUUGUAAGUUCCAUGCUUGCAGCUGCUUUGCACCAUUUUCGGGGUUUGCUAAGGUUGUUGUGACUCCAUCUUUGGCGACCAAUAGUUUAGUGGGAAACCCCCACUUAUACUUAAUGCCGUGCAUUCUCAGAGUAGCUGUGAUCUGAUGGAAUGCUUUCCGCUUUCGUAAGGUGGCUGCUGACAGAUCCGCGUAUAUCUUGAUGGUGAGAUACUCUGGCGGUGGUGUGGCCCGCAUUUUACUGCCGCGAAGGAUGUGCUCCUUAAUAUGGUAAUAAUGUGCCCUCAUUAUCACAUCUCUCGGCACUGCAUGUGGAAGGUACUUGGGCUUAGGGAUGCGGUGGAUCCGAUCUGGUAUCUCGCCGGUAUCUCGGGAGCAUGGGCGUGUAGCAGGCCCAGCACAUACGCCGGCAGUUCUUCAUUAGCGAUCUCCUCUGGGAUGCCCCUCAGACGCAAGUUAUUGUGAUGGGAACGAUCUUCCAGAUCCACCAUCUUCCCCUCUAGAGCAUCCAACCUGGCCGCCAUGUGUUCUACGUUAGAGGCUAAAUCGUUGUGGGCCGUGGCGAAUUCAUCGCAUUUGUCUUCCAUGUGUGUUGUCCGUCUUCCCAGCUCCUGGAUGUCCUUCCUCAUGGAGUCUGCCAUGUGUUGCCAGGAUGAGAUCAGCUUGUUAGACAGGCUAUCUAGUGCUGAUGCUAGGUCAGCUUUCGUGAUUUGGGCAUUGUCUGCGGAUAUCAGAUGGUCUCGCGCGGGAGGUCCGCCAUCAGAUUCCAUGCCCUCGUCUAGGUUUGAGGCCUGCGCAGCCACGUUCGCAGUAAGUUGUUUCUGGCUGAAAAAAUUUAGCUUAUCCGGUUUCCCGGAGCUCUUCUUACUUUUAUGAGGAGACAUUUCCAGCACGCUGUGUGAGAUGCUGUUUUAAUGCUCAGGAUUGCAUUGGAUUAGGUGCUUGAUGCCGGAGCAGGGGAUUUAGGCGUCCAUCUUGCUCCGUGGCUUGCCACGCCCCCCCCGUUUAGGCAAUUAACAGAUCAUAGUACAUGCUAUAUUCAGUCAGAAAAAAAAGUCAGAUUUGUGAAUUGGCUCCUGAAGAAGUAUAACUUUGCAAUGCUCUUCCAAAGGAUAUAAAUACAGAAAAAAAUAUUAAACCCACAGUGAGCAUACAAGAUAUACUUAUAUGUCGAUAUACAGGAGAAAUAUUAUCAUCUGUAAAAGAUAACAACAAAUACAAAUAGUGCUUUCUGUAUAAUAACAAUAAAUAUACAAUCUGUACGAAUGGAUUAGAACUCACAAAGCACUAUGUACAGAAAGCACUUUGUGUAUUUGUUUGUACCUUUUACAGAUGAUAAUAUUUUUACUGUAUAUCGACAUAUAGGUAUAUCUUGUGUGCUCACUGUGGGUUUAAUAUUUUAUUUGAAUUUAUAUGGUUUCUAAGGUGCUAGGGGAAUACUACCUUUAUUGCACACACUGUUUAUAUAUUACGAUUUUGAACACUGCAGCUGUAACUCUCUCUGCCAUCACAUACAAAAUCCUCUGCUACCUCUUGACUCAUCUCCCCCCAAGUUUAACCUUUAGAUUGUGAGCUCACGGACAGAGCCCUCUACCUGUUUUAUCGGUCUGUUCCUAUUGUGUUGUGUUUCCAAAUUGUACAGCGCUUCAGAAUAUGUUGGCACUUUAUAAAUGCCAGUAAAAAUAAUAAUAAUACGGUUAUUUAAAGCGCCUACACAACUAUCUCUUUAUCUCUUCCAAAGGAUGGCUAUGUUGUGCAUUGCUGACACAUGAGUAAUAUUGCGGCUGAUAAAUCUUUCUUUCCUUUUUAACUCGUGUAAUGCAUCCUUUGGUUGCCACGUAAAUGAUUAUUCAUCUUGUAGUCACAGUUAAUGUAUCUUGUUUAUAAUUGUUAGCAUGCUGGGAAUAUCUGAUUUCUUGUCUGUAAUAAAUAAAUGAACACAGUGAGUAUCUGUUUCUCAAUAACAUCCCACACACUAUAACAAACUCAUUUUCAAUGCAAGCUUCAAUUUAAUGAAUGUAUGUGCAUAGUGUAUGUGCAAAUAGAUGGUUUAUAUAUCUUGGCACUAGUGCCAUCUAGUGGUGUAAAAGAAAUACACAGCAUUGCAGUAAAUCACUUUUUAGCUUAGGAUAAAGCGGACAAUGUCAAAGAGGAAUUGACACUCUGCAGAAUUUUAACUGAACACUCCUACCCCAAUAACAUCUUAAGCUCAGUUAAGGUGUUAUAGCAGCAGGAGUGUCCAGGUGCAUUUUCCUCAAUGGGCACCCAGCUUACCAUUGGCCGCCCCAGGUAAACCUUCAUUAUACUUCAGUGCAUAGAAGUAAGAACCAUGGAGGCAGAGGUUGCAGGUGGUGGAACCCCAACUUCAAGAUUAAACGGUUGCAAAUGACGUUUUAAAUCCACUUUGAAUUCACUUCAGAUUCUCAGAUUCAGAAUAAAGUGUUAGUCUUGAAAACACUGCUUUUGGAAAUAUCUGCAUGAGAUAUUAUAAGUUAGAUUUUAAUGGGUAUUAAGUUAGGUACUGUUUGCCCUGAAGCAAAAAAAAAAACCAAACAAACAAAACAGCAACUUCAUAUUAAUUAGUUUCUCUUUUGUUUUGAUCUUGUUAAAACACGAGUGAUAGUAACCAUUAAGGGUACACUAUAGGCACCCAGACCACUUCAGCUAAUUGAAGUGGUCUGGGUGCAGUUCCCUAUUGCCCUUAGUGCUGCAAUGUUAACCAUUGCAGCUCUAGGGAAACUGCAAUGUUUACAUUGCAGCUCUAAGUCUGCCCACAGUGGCUGUCUACCAGACAGCCACUGGAUGCGCUUACAGGAUCGAAAUGGACCUUUGGUCCGGUAUGUGACAGUGGACAUCAUCACGCUCUGCAUGAGGACCUCCAGCGUCUGAUUCCCCCCCUUGUAGGAAAGCAUUGAUUUAAUGCUUUUCUAUGGGGAAAUCUAAUGCGCACCCUCUCAAAUGUAUUCAUUUUAAAUAAGUGUUACGAUUUUUCAUAUAUUGCAAAAUAGUAUAUAUUAUUAUUAUUAUUAUUAUUAUUAUUGCCAUUUAUAUAGUGCCAACAGAUUCUGUAGCGCUUUACAAUAUUAUGAGAGGGGAUUUAACUAUAAAUAGGACUAUUACAAAUAAACUUACAGGAACAAUAGGUUGAAGAGGACCCUGCUCAAUCGAGCUUACAUUCUAUAGGAGGUGGGGAGUAAAACACAUUAGGACAGGAAUUUGCAAUCAAAUAAGGUGGGCUGCCCUUUAGGAGAGGGCAAGAGACUGGUAUGUGAGGUAGGGGCCAUAAGCUUUCCUAAAGAGAUGGGUUUUAAGGCACUUCUUAAAAGAUGCAAGCCUAGGGGAGAGUCUGAUGGCGGUAGGCAGGCUAUUCCAUAGGAAGGGAGCCGCCCGCGAGUAGUCCUGCAAGCGCGAGUUGGCCGUACGGGUGCGGACAACGGACAGGAGGUGGUCACGGGCAGAGCGGCGAGACCGAGAAGGGACAUACCUAUGGAUCUGUGAGGAGAUAUAGGAGGGGCUAGAGUUGUUCAGUGCUUUAUAGGUGUGAGUUAGUGCCUUGAAUUGACUCCUAUAGCACACAGGAUAUAUAUAUAUGUGUAUUUAUAGCAUCGUAUAAUAAUAGCACCUAUAUGUGUAUAUACUAUAACAACAUAAAUGGUUAAUGCUCUUUUUUUAUUUCCUGUUUUACAGAUCGGUUUUGUUCUUUACCCUCCUGGCGGGGGUCCUGAAUGGGAUCAGAUGGAUCAUAGCAAUAUGCUGUUUAUUACAAUGUGCUAUUGUUGGCAUUAUGCAUUUUCACUCCUUAUUGUUGCUGUAAAUUAUGGAAUUGUCACUUGGUGAGUACUCUACUUGCAAUGUAUAUACUAAGUUAGAGGCUAUGGUGCAUUCUUUUUUUUUAUUUGACAAUUUUUAUUCAUUUUCAAAGGAAAAGGGGUGAGGGGGUACAGAAAGAAGAAAAGAAGGGGGAGGGCAAGGCUGGGGUGGUACAUUCUUAACAAGCUCUUAGUAAAUCAUCAGCAAGACAAUUAUUCACCAAAAAUGUAAUUUUAGCAGAAUAUCUCAUGGCUGGUAACAAUGACUAACAAAUGCAGCACAAGUGGAGGUCCAUGGAAUUUCUCCUACCACCCACAUUUUAAGUAUAUGUGGGUGAAUAUCUUCCUAUAAUUACUAUAAUUCUACCAGGAUUUGACUCAAACAUAUCUUCCACAUUGAAUUUUUUUUUUUAUUAUUAUUAUUCAUUUUUGUACUGCGUGGAACACAUUGGCAUGACAUUUUAGCUUUCGCAGAAGCCGAUCACAUCUCUUUUUUAUUUUUUGUCAUAGUAGUUACAGAAAGGAAGAAUAUCGGUUAGAAAAAUCAUGUGGCUUCGCGUUUACAAUGUAGUAGGCGUUAUUAGGGUAGCCCCAAUAGCUUUCUGCUUCCCAGUUUUUGGCUUGCAUUCCUGCAGUUUUUCCUCUUGUGCCCACCAAACCUGUGGGUCAUCAAGCGUUAACUAAUAAAACAAUACAACUUAACAAUUCAAGUAUCGUGUACUUUUGUCCGAGUCGUGAGACAUGUAGUGGUUUUCUGAGGGUCUAAAUAGGCGUGGGUGGGUGUAUUCCCUCUCUUCAGUCCCCCUGCUGUGUAAUCUCUGGAUUUCUUGCCUCCCCUCCCCUGGCGUCGUAGCAGUCCUUUAUCUCUCUCCUCCUUCCCCGCUCAGAUGGCAAACUGGUCCCAGAGAUCCCAUACCUUAUGGAAGGUGUUAACUGUGUGUCUCACCUGUGCCGUCAGUUUGUCCAUGAGAUAGUUAUCUUUUAUUUUGGCUAUUACUAUGGCUAUUGGGGGCAAUUUUGGGCACAACCACCUCUUGACUAGGGCCCGUCUGGCCGCCAGGUAGAUAUCUUUCACAUUUUACAGUGGAAAAUGUCAGCUGUGAAGUUUAAAAUAAAUAAAUAAGAAACACACUUUGCUCCUGAAUGUCAUUGCUGUCCCUUGCUUUUGCUGAUUAUUUCUGCCCUUUUACUAACAUUUAGGAGUAUGACAAUUAUAUAUUGGCUUGGAUGAGAUUGGCAAUUAUGAAUAUCUCAGCCAAUGAGGAGAGGUGGAGGAAAACUCUGCCAUGCCAAUCAGCACCUCCUCAUAGAGAUGCAUUGACUCAAUAUAUCUCUAUGGGGAAAGUUCAGCGUCUCCAUGCAGAGUGUGGAGAUGCUGAACGUCAGUGGUGCACAUUGUGCAGCACUACCCCAGGAAGCACCUCUAGUAGCCGUCUGAGUGACUGCCACAGGAGGUGUCCCGAGACAGCAAUGUAAACACUGCCUUUUCUUUGAAAAGACAGUGUUUACAUUGAAAUGCCUGCAGGGACUGGCCGUGGACACCAGAAGAACUAAAUUAAGCUGUAGUUGUUAUGGUGACUAUAGUAUCCCUUUAAUAUUUAUGGGACCUGAUUAAAAAUAUUACAUACCAUUAUAUCAUCUGUUCAUUUUUUUCCAGGGUGGUCCAGACAAAAAUGAAGAACGGCGAGUCAUUGGAGAUGGAGUUGCUAAAAUCCCGAGAGCGAGAGGAAGACUCUGAGGAUGAAAUCUAGAGAAUGAUCUCGUAAAACCCUCCCUCAGAACUCUGGUCUACACUUUCAUGCGAUAUCAAAUGCACUGUUUCUAUAAUACUCCAAACUUCUAGUGUAAAAUAUUCAGGUUAUUUGUAUUAUACUCAUCCGUAAUUCUAAUGCACCUUUUGAGUUGCUUUGUUGUAACUUAAAGAUUUAGGAUAAGCGAAAAAUGGGUCUUUGUCAUCAUAUGCAUGACUUUAAACCCACAGUGAUCAAUUACAAUAUUAACUGGAAUUAUCCCAUAAUGUCAACUUAAUGUGUUUAAAGAGAACAUAUUUACUAUUGAUUUGUGUGCAGCAAGAUUCAUUUUAAUUUCUGCUUGUGUAUAGUAGGGAAGUAAAUGAAUCAGGUAUAUUUAUCAGGCUACCACAACUGCUAAUUGUUGAGAAAUGCUGUGAAUUUGUAGUUAUAAACUAACACAGUGAUUUGAAAACAGCAAAUGUUUACAGUUGCACUUAAUGGGAUAUCUAGGUAGAUUGGAACUUGUUACGUUUGUUGCUAACUCUUGCUACUCUGUAACUAUAGCAACUACCUGGCUUUCAACUCGAUUUAACUCAUGAGUGAUUAUUCUCAACGCAUUAGUUUUGGUGCUUAAUGCCUGUCUUGAGAGCUGCUCUGUAGCUUAACAAAACAAUAUCAUCCUUUUAUGAAAUAUGGAUCCUUCACCGUGAUAAGUACUUACUUUUACGUGGGAUUUCUACUGAUGUUUACACUUUUUUUUUUUUUUAAAGCACCACAACGUUUUUUUUCAGCAACAAUUACCUAUAAUAAAUAAAUUCUGCUGGUCCCAUAUUUUAUACAUGUUUUCCUCUCUUCCAGUUAAACGACCAAAGAUACAGUAAAUAUAUAGACAUGUAUAGUACCUAUUCUCCUGCCUUAGCACCAUGUAUGACGAUUUGGAAACAACAGAUAAUCUUUUUAACUAAUUAAUUCGUUGAUAUGGGACCCAUAAAUGUAUAAUUUGUAGCGAUUACCCAUUUUAAUUGCUUUCCAUAUGUAUGUUAUGCGUGCGAUUUAUGAUUAAUUUAUGUCACAAAUUAUUAUUUUUUGUUUAAUUUUUGAUGUGCCAUAAAUGUCUUGAAAACAGAACUUUUUAGUGUAAAUAUCAACAUACCUACGUGUUAACCUCUAUAUCAUAUAUUUGUAUGAAUAGUUAGAAACAAAGAAAUACAUGAUUUCUUAUCAUUUUUAUAUUAGUCAUGUAGAUACAGCUUAGAUAAUUCAAACCAUUUGUAUUUCUUUCCUUAUGUAGUAGCAAAUCUCAAUUUAGUGUCAGAUUUCAAAAUACGCAAUUUAUUCAUGGUAUUUUUAAAGCCUGUAUUCAAUGGGUCAGUUAUUUAUUAAUGCUUUUUCAUAACACACGCCCACUGUGUAUAAUGAAAUAAUGGUGCCUUACCUCAUUUCAACCAAUUUUCAAUCUAUUCAAACCAUUCACACUUUAAAUAAGUUAAUACAGUGGGAAUUAUAUUAAUAAAGUGCAAGAAACUGUUUUGAUUAACGUUUUCUUUUAUCAGACGAGCUUCUCUGUGUAAAUCUCCCAUUAAUUAUCUUAAAUAUAUAAAUAAAUUGUCUUCUGAAAUGUUUUUAUUUAAUAAAAAGACACAUGAAG